CCUGCUCUGCCCUAUAUGGCUCUGAAUGGAGCUGUGCGCACAUAUCGCGCUGUCAGCGGUGCUUCUCUCAGUCUACAGCUCCAGGCUCUGCCACUACAGCUAUGGCUGAAGGGGGAGAAGGGGAAGAUGAAAUCCAGUUCUUGCGAACUGAUGAUGAAGUGGUGCUCCAGUGUGUUGCUGCUAUUCAGAAGGAGAAUCGUAAAUUCUGCUUGUCUGCAGAGGGACUUGGAAAUCGACUGUGUUACCUCGAGCCCACCUCAGAAGCUAAGUAUGUUCCUCCUGACCUGUGCAUCUGUAACUUUGUACUGGAGCAGUCUCUCUCUGUGCGAGCCCUGCAGGAGAUGCUGGCCAACACAGACCAAAAUGGGGAAGGUACUCCUGAUCAUGAGCGAUGGGCGGGACAGGGGGGUGGACAUCGGACACUGCUGUAUGGUCACGCCAUCCUACUAAGGCAUUCAUUCAGUGGAAUGUAUCUAGCCUGUCUAAAGACGUCAAGGUCUCUGACAGACAAGCUGUCAUUUGAUGUAGGAUUACAGGAGGAUUCGACAGGCGAGGCCUGUUGGUGGACCAUUCAUCCAGCAUCCAAACAAAGGUCUGAGGGUGAAAAGGUUCGCAUUGGUGAUGAUCUCAUUUUGGUCAGUGUGUCCUCAGAGAGAUUCCUGCAUCUAUCAAUCUCCAAUGGAAACAUACAAGUGGAUGCGUCUUUCAUGCAAACACUGUGGAAUGUGCAGCCUACCUGCUCUGGCAGCAAUGUGGCAGUGGGUUUUGUACUGGGGGGACAUGUGAUGCGCCUGUUCCAUGGACAUGAUGAGAGCCUUACUAUACCAGGAGCAGACCAGUCUGCCGAGCAGCAGCGGCUGGUGAACUAUGAGACUGGGAAAACAGGGUCCAGGGCCAGGUCCCUGUGGAGAUUAGAGCCACUUCGGAUUAGCUGGAGUGGGAGCCAUAUUCGGUGGGGUCAACCUUUCCGCCUGCGCCAUCUCUCCACUGGUCACUACCUGGGUCAGACAGAGGACCGUGGCCUGGUACUGCUGGAAAGAGAGAAGUCUGACACUUCUGCCACAUCAUUCUGCUUCAGGCCAAGCAAGGAGAAAGUGGACUCUGGCUCAAAGCGAGACGUUGAAGGCAUGGGGGUGGCAGAGAUCAAGUACGGUGAUUCGGUCUGCUUCAUCAUGCAUGUGGCAUCAGGGCUGUGGUUGUCCUAUAUGGCACCAGAUGCAAAAUCCUCCCGCCUUGGGCCACUCAAGAGAAGGGCUUUCCUGUAUCCAGAGGGCCACAUGGAUGAUGGGCUGAUUCUGCAGCUCUGCCAGCAUGAAGAGUCCAGAGCGGCUCGCAUCAUCCGCAACACCACUCUUCUCUUCACCCAGUUCAUCAGAGGGCUGGAUGAACUGAAGGGUGAGAAAGCAUCAGGGGUGAAUCUGCCAGUGGGAGAAGUACUACAAACUCUGAACGACCUCAUCACCUACUUCCAACAACCUGACUCAGAGUUGGAGCACGAGGAGAAGCAGAGGCAGUUACGUUCGCUUAUCAAACGCCAGGACCUUUUCAAAGAGGAGGGAAUGCUUACACUGGUCUCUAUCUGCAUUGACCGACUCAACAUGUACCACAGUGCUGCUGAGUUUGAGGAGUUUGCAGGAGAGGAAGCAGGAGAGGCCUGGAAGGACGUCCUCAACCUCCUCUAUGAGCUGCUUGCUGCCCUGAUCCGAGGAAACAGACCCAACUGUACGCAGUUCUCCCGCAAACUGGACUGGCUGAUAAGCAAGCUGGAGCGGCUGGAGUCCUCCUCAGGUAUUCUGGAGGCUUUGCACUGCAUCCUAACAGAGAGUCCAGAGGCCCUUAACAUAAUCCAGAGAGACCACAUUAAAUCCAUCAUUUCCCUUCUCUAUAAACAUGGACGCAACCACAAGAUCCUGGAUAUUCUCUGCUCUCUUUGUGUCUGCAAUGGAGUGGCAGUCCGAGCCAAUCAGAACAUCAUCUGUGACUACCUACUUCCCAGACGAGACCUGCUGCUGCAAACACGAUUGGUCAAUGAUGUGCAAAGCAUGAGACCCAACAUCUUCCUAGGCAUAAGUGAAGGAUCGGCUCAGUAUAAGAAGUGGUACUAUGAGCUGAUGAUUGAUCAGGUGGAUCAUUUUGUCACAAGUGAAUCCACUCAUCUUCGUGUAGGCUGGGCCAGCACUAAAGGCUAUGCCCCCUACCCUGGUGGCGGAGAGGGCUGGGGGGGCAACGGAGUUGGUGAUGAUCUCUACUCCUAUGCCUUUGAUGGACUUCAUCUGUGGUCAGGGCGAAUCCAACGGGCCGUGGCCUCCAUUAACCAGCACUUGCUGACCUCGGAUGACGUGGUGAGCUGCUGCCUGGACCUCGGUGCGCCCAGCAUGUCCUUCCGCAUUAACGGCCAGCCUGUGCAGGGAAUGUUCGAGGACUUCAACAUCGACGGUUUCUUCUUCCCUGUUGUCAGCUUCUCAGCAGGGGUCAAGGUUCGUUUCUUGUUGGGCGGUCGCCAUGGUGAAUUCAAGUUUCUACCCCCUGCUGGCUAUGCACCUUGUUAUGAAGCCCUUCUCCCCAAAGAAAAGAUGCGGGUGGAGCCUGUGAAGGAGUAUAAGAGGGAUAUGGAGGGAGUGAGGGACUUGCUGGGAACCACUCAAUUCCUUUCUCAAGCAUCCUUCAUUCCCGUUCCUGUCAAUACCAGCCAGACUGUUCUGCCUCCACACCUUGAAAAUGUACGCAAUAAGCUAGCUGAGAACAUCCAUGAACUCUGGGGUAUGAACAAAAUCGAGCUUGGCUGGACCUAUGGCAAGGUACGUGAUGACAACAAGAGGCAGCAUCCUUGCCUGGUUGACUUUUCCAAGCUGCCUGAAACUGAAAAAAAUUAUAACCUGCAAAUGUCAACAGAAACUUUAAAGACCUUACUGGCUUUGGGAUGUCAUGUUGUACAAAUUAAUGUCAAUGCUGAAGAUGACCUGAAGAAGAUCAAACUUCCCAAAGACUAUGUGAUGUCAAAUGGUUAUAAGCCUGCGCCACUAGAACUUUCUGAAGUGAAACUGACACCUGGUCAGGAAUUUCUGGUUGAUAAACUAGCUGAAAACGCUCAUAAUGUUUGGGCUAAAGAUCGCAUUAAGCAAGGAUGGACCUAUGGUAUUCAGCAGGAUUUAAAGAGUAGACGCAAUCCUCGUCUGGUGCCAUAUUCUUUGUUAGAUGAACGCACAAAGAAGUCUAACAGAGACAGCCUUCGAGAGGCCAUCCGAACACUAAUUGGUUACGGAUACAACAUUGAGCCUCCAGAUCAAGAGGUGGCCCAUGUGAUGGAGAAGCAUGGUGUUGAAAACAUUCGUUUCUUCCGGGUGGGGAAAUGCUAUGCAGUGCAAUCAGGGAAAUGGUAUUUUGAGUUUGAGGCUGUUACUGGAGGAGAAAUGUGCGUAGGCUGGGCUCGGCCCAGCUGUAGACCUGAUGUUGAAUUGGGCAUGGAUGACAAAGCCUAUGUUUUUGAUGGCUACCGUGGUCGACGGGUACACAUGGGCAGCCACUUCUUUGGGAGAACAUGGAACAAGGGUGACGUGGUGGGAUGCAUGAUUAACAUGGAAGAUAAGUCCAUGAUCUUUACUCUCAAUGGAGAGAUAGUCAUCACCAACAAGGGCUCUGAGCUCUGCUUCACUGACUUUGAGACUGAAGAUGGCUUCAUCCCAGUUUGCAGUCUUGGGCUCUCGCAGAUUGGCCGUAUGAACCUGGGCAAAGACGCCAGCACCUUUAAGUACUACACCAUGUGUGGCCUUCAGGAGGGUUUUGAGCCUUUCGCGGUCAACAUGAAUAGAGAGAUCACUAUGUGGUUCAGCAAACGCCUUCCUACGUUUGUCAAUGUGCCAGUGGAACAUGAGCACAUUGAGGUCACCAGAAUUGAUGGGACUGUGGACUCACCACCAUGUCUGAAGGUGAGCCAUAAGACCUUUGGAACUCAAGCUAGCAACAACGACAUGAUCUACUGCCGCUUGAGCAUGCCUGUCGAGUUUUAUUCUAGUCCCCGGAAAAUCACUAAUAUGAACGAGGUGAGCAGUGAUGGACAAAAAUCUAAGAAGGAUGACAGCUGGAAGACUGACUAUAGCAGCAUUACAAAGUAUUUCUACUCAGUGAGGGUGUUUGCAGGUCAGGACCCUGCCUCGAUAUGGGUAGGCUGGGUAACACCAGACUACCACUACUACAGCAAGAAUUUUAACCUGAGCAAAGUCCGUACAGUUACUGUGACUCUCGGGGACGAGCGUGGCCGCGUUCAUGAGAGUGUGAGGAGGAGUAAUUGCUACAUGGUGUGUGCUGGUGAAAUUACAAGCAGCUCUUCUGGACGAAGCAAUGCUGACCUCGUAAUUGGAUGUCAUAUUGAUCUUGCCUCUGGCCUUGUUUCAUUCACUGCCAACAACAAAGAGCUGCCUAUUGCAUAUCAGGUUGAGCCCAACACAAAACUGUUCCCCGCUGUGUUUGUUCAGCCCACAAGCCCCAACCUGUUUCAGUUUGAAUUUCCAAAGAUCAAAGAUGCCAUGCCAUUGUCUUCAGCCAUUUUUAAAAGUCUUCACAAUAACCCAGAGCCACAGUGUCCUCCACGGCUGGAUGUACAGACCAUUGUAGCUGUUCUGUGGAGCAGGAUGCCCAACAUUUUCCUCUCAGUGGAGACAGCACGGGUCAGCGAGAGGCAUGGCUGGGUGGUUCAGUGUCUGGAGCCCCUGCAGAUGAUGGCAGUGCACAUUCCUGAGGAAAACAGGUGCAUAGACAUCAUGGAACUCUCAGAGGACGAGGUCUUGCGACAGUUUCACUACCACACUCUGAAGCUCUACUGUGCUCUCUGUGCUCUGGGAAACACUCGUGUGGCCCAUGCUCUCUGUAGCCACCUAGACCAAUCACAGCUCCUUUACACCAUUGACAACCAAUACCUGACAGGACAGCUGCGCGAGGGCUUCUAUGAUGUUCUUAUCAGCAUCCACCUGGAGACAGCAAAAGAAGCAAAACUCAUGAUGAAGAAUGAGUUUAUCAUACCUAUCACAGAUGAGACACGUAGCAUCCGCCUCUUCUCUGAUGACUCCAAACGCCACACUUUGCCAGGCGUGGGACUGAGCACAUCACUGAGCCCUCGGUUUAACUUCACACCUCCAUGCUUCAUAACCACUAAGCGUGAGUCCUUCAUCUACAGUCCACAGAUUCCGCUAGGUAUUCUAAAGGAGAAGGCCAUCAGCAUGCUGACAGAGGCAGUGCAAGGUGGAGGUGCUCAUAUUCGUGACCCUGUAGGGGGCAGCGUAGAGUACCAAUUUGUGCCUAUACUCAAGUUGAUUGCGACUCUAUUGAUUAUGGGCUCUCUGAGUAGUGAGGAGGUGAGAAUCAUCCUCCUGCUUAUUGAACCCAAUGUUUUCGGAGAAAUCAAGGAGGAGGAGACACAACUUUUAGCUGUAGAGGAGCCAGCAGAAAAAGAAGAGGCAAGCAGCAAUGAAGAAAAAGCCGUGGAGGCUGGGGAGGAAGAAAGCAAAGAACACAAGCAGCCACCUAAAGGCCUUUUGGAGAAGAGUCUGCCUGAGUCAGUUAAACACCAGAUGUGUGAACUCCUGCACUAUUUCUGUGAUUGUGAGCUGAAGCAGCGCAUCGAGUCUAUUGUGGCAUUCUCGGAUAUGUUCGUGGCCAAACUGCAGUUCAACCAGAAGUUCCGCUACAAUGAACUCAUGCAGGCCCUCAACAUGUCCGCUGCUGUUACUGCUAAGAAGACGAAGGAAUUCCGCUCUCCUCCCCAAGAGCAGAUUAACAUGCUUCUGGACUUCAGUGCUGGAGAGGAUUGUCCCUGUCCUGAGGACAUUCAAGAUGAGCUUCAUGCCUUCCAUGAUGAUCUGAGACUCCACUGUGGUAUUCCCAUGGAAGAAGAAGAGGAGGAACCGGAUACAUCUAUAAAAGGCCGCCUGCUUUCCUUGUUAUAUAAAAUCAAAGGUCGCCCACAGAAAACUGAGGAACAACCAUCAGAGGAAGAGCAAGCAGCUCCAACAAACCUGAAGGAGCUGAUCUCUCAGACAAUGGUGAGCUGGGCCCAGGAAUGCAAAAUUCAGAACCCACAGUUGGUACGAAGCAUGUUCAGCCUACUCCGAAGGCAAUAUGAUGGCAUUGGUGAGCUGCUGCGUGCCAUGAGAAAAAGCUACACUAUCAGUGAGAAAUCUGUUCAGGAUGCCAUUAACCUACUGGCCUCACUGGGCCAGAUCCGUUCUCUGCUCAGCGUCAGAAUGGGUGAAGAGGAGGGCCAGCUCAUGAUCGAUGGCCUGGGGGAUAUAAUGAACAACAAAGUGUUUUAUCAGCAUCCAAAUCUGAUGCGGAUAAUGGGCAUGCAUGAGACAGUCAUGGAGGUCAUGGUCAACGUGCUAGGAGGCGACAAAUCUAAGGAGAUUGCUUUCCCCAAAAUGGUGGCCAGUUGCUGCCGUUUCCUUUGCUACUUCUGUCGCAUCAGCCGUGAGAAUCAGAAAGCCAUGUUUGAACACUUGAGCUACCUACUGGAGAAUAGCAGUGUGGGGCUGGCUUGCCCUGCCAUGAGAGGCUCCACUCCUUUGGAUGUGGCUGCAUCCUCAGUGAUGGACAACAACAGCCUGGCCCUGGCUUUAGAGGAACCAGACCUGGAAAAGGUGGUGAUGUACUUGGCUGGUUGUGGUCUACAGAGCUGCCCUAUGCUGGUAGCUAAGGGAUACCCUGACAUCGGCUGGAAUCCUAUAGAAGGGGAACGUUAUCUGUCUUUCCUCCGAUUUGCUGUGUUUGUUAAUGGUGAGAGUGUAGAGGAGAAUGCUAAUGUGGUGGUAAAGUUGUUGAUCAGGCGUCCUGAGUGUUUUGGCCCUGCACUGAGAGGAGAGGGGGGACAAGGUCUGUUGGCUGCUAUGCUGGAGGCCAUCAAGAUCUCUGAGGACCCUGCUCUCGACCUGCCCAACCUGCCUGGAGGAAGAGCACCCGUGCCUGGGGAGGAUGGGGAGGAGGAAGAGGUGGCACACAUGGGCAACUCUAUCAUGUCCUUCUACUCAGCUCUUAUUGACCUGCUGGGACGCUGUGCACCUGAGAUGCAUUUAAUCAAUACAGGCAAGGGUGAAGCUCUGCGUAUCCGUGCCAUCCUGCGUUCUCUAGUGCCUACCAAAGACUUAGUGGGCAUCAUCAGCAUACCACUCAAAGUGCCAGUAAUCAACAAAGAUGGCAGUGUCACAGAGCCAGACAUGAACUCUAGUUUCUGUCCGGAGCACAAGUCACCAAUGGUGCUCUUCCUGGACCGUGUGUACGGUAUUGAGGACCAAAGCUUCUUGCUAAACCUGUUGGAGGUGGGCUUCCUGCCUGACUUCAGGGUCUCUGCAUCUUUGGACACAGAGGUGCUGAGCACUACAGAGACAGCACUGGCCUUGAACAGGUAUAUUGGUUCAGCUGUGCUGCCUUUGCUGACACGAUGUGCGUCUCUCUUUGCUCAUACUGAGCACUACACUACGCUCAUGGACUCCACACUACAAACCAUUUACAGACUGUCCAAGGGCCGCUCUCUCACCAAGGCUCAGAGAGACUCUAUCGAGGAGUGCCUUCUUGCCAUCUGCAAACACCUGCGGCCUUCUAUGCUGCAACAGCUUCUGCGCCGUCUGGUGUUCGAUGUGCCACAACUUACAGAAUACUGCAAGAUGCCCAUAAAGCUUUUGUCCAAUCACUAUGAACAGAACUGGAAAUACUACUGCCUGCCUUCGGGCCUGGGCAGUUAUGGCAUGGCAUCAGAAGAGGAGCUUCACCUCACCACCAAACUCUUCUGGGGUCUUUUUGAUGCUCUCUCUCAAAAGAAAUAUGAUGCAGAGCUUUUCAAAAUGGCUAUGAUGUGUCUGAGUGCCAUAGGUGGAGCCAUCCCACCUGAUUAUGUAUACAUGAGCCCGGCCACCACUCUUGUAAAGCAGGUCUCUGUGGAUUCGCAAGGAAACUUUGAUCCCAAGCCUAUCAACACUGCCAACAUCUCACUGCCUGAAAAACUAGAUUACAUUGCCAACAAGUAUGCUGAACAUUGCCAUGAGAAAUGGUCUUCUGAAAAGUUUGCUCUAGGCUGGACUGCAGGUGAAAAAGUAGAUGACCAAGCCAAAACCCACCCUUUACUGAAGCCAUAUAAAGCACUGAGUGAAAAGGAGAGGGAAACCUACCGCUACCCAGUAAAGGAAUCUCUGAAGUGCAUGCUGGCAAUGGGCUGGACCAUCGAAAGGACCAAAGAAGGCGAUGCCAUGUUCCAACAGCGUGAAGCAGAGAAACAGAUUAAGACUUCAGAGCCUUCUCAGGUAGGAAGACUUAAGAUACAAGGAAUCAAAAAAACACAGCUGUUUAACAGAGAUGAUCUUUGUUCAUCAUUUGUUCUUUUAAAGGGAGACGGAUUUCAUCCAGCACCUGUAGAAUUGGAGAAUGUAACUUUAUCUAGAGAACUACAGAGUAUGGUAGAGACUGUAGCAGAGAAUUACCACAAUAUCUGGGCAAAUAAAAAGAAAAUGGAACUAAGCAGCAAAGGAGGAGGGACUCACCCACUGCUGGUACCUUAUGACACACUGACAGCAAAGGAGAAGUUCAGAGACAGAGAAAAGUCUCAGGAGCUCUUCAAAUUCCUGCAGCUUAACGGCUAUGCAAUAAGCAGAGGUUUGAAGGACUUGGAGCAUGAUUCUUCCUCUAUGGAAAAAAGGAUUGCUUACAAGUUCCUGAAGAGGCUGCUGAGUUACGUAGACUCAGCGCAGGAAUUUAUAGCCCAUCUAGAGGCUAUGGCCACCAGUGGAAAAACUGACAAAUCACCUCAUGAGCAGGAGAUAAAGUUCUUUGCAAAGGUCCUGCUGCCGUUGCUUGACCAGUACUUUAAGAAUCAUUGCCUUUACUUCCUGUCUUCUCCCAGCAUCAACCUGAGCAGCAGUGGUUAUGCUUCUAACAAAGAGAAGGAGAUGAUCACCAGUCUCUUCUGUAAGCUGGCGUCUCUGGUUAGACAUAGGAUUUCUUUGUUUGGAAGUGACUCUGCUACGAUGGUGAGCUGUCUGCUUAUCCUUGCACAUUCACUGGACUUUAGGACAGUGAUGAAGUCUGGUUCAGAAUUGGUGAAGGCUGGAGUCAGGACGUUCUUUGAGAAUGCUGCAGAAGACUUGGAGAAGACUAUGGAGAACCUAAAACUGGGCAAGAUGGGCCAGUCUCGCACCCAAAUGAAGGGAGUGGCUCAGAUCAUCAACUACACUUCAGUGGCACUGCUGCCUAUUCUUACUGCUCUAUUUCAGCACAUCACUGAGCACCAGUUUGGGGCAGACUUGCUGUUGGAUGAUGUUCAACUUUCCUGCUACCGAAUUCUGACCAGCCUAUACUCCCUGGGAACUGGCAAAAACAUCUAUGUUGAAAAGCAGCUUCCAGUGCUGGGAGAAUGCUUGGCUACUCUGGUGGGAGCUAUGCCUGUAGCUUUCCUAGAGCCUCAUCUGAACAUGCACAACCCACGCUCUGUCUUCAAUACAAAGACACCACGGGAGAGAGCAAUUCUGAGCAUGCCUGACACUGUGGAGGAGAUGUGUCCUGAGAUGCCACGUGUGGACGGCCUGUUGAAAGAUAUCCACGAUAUCUCGGAGUCUGGGGCUCGCUACACAGAGAUGCCACAUGUCAUCGAGGUCAUCUUGCCCAUGCUGUGUAACUAUCUUUCUUACUGGUGGGAAAAGGGUCCUGAGAACUCUCCGAAUCAUGAGAGCUGCUGUACCACUGUCACUUCUGAGCACCUCAGCCUCAUCCUGGGUGACAUCCUCAAGAUCCUCAACAACAACCUGGGUAUAGAUGAAGCAUCCUGGAUGAAGAGGCUUGCAGUGUACACACAGCCAAUCAUUAGCAAAGCAGGAGCAGACCUGUUACGUACUCACUUCCUGCCCACCCUGGAGAAGCUGAAGAAGAAGACAGUGAAGAUUGUGGCUGAGGAGGAGAUGAUCAGGGCUGAAAGCAAAGCUGACACUCAGGAGGCCGAGCUGCAGAUCCUGGAUGAGUUUGCUGUCCUCUGCAGAGACCUGUACGCUUUUUACCCCAUGCUCAUCCGCUACGUGGACAACAACAGGUCUAAAUGGCUGAAGAAACCAAGUACAGAUUCAACAGAACUCUUCAACAUGGUGGCAGAGAUUUUCAUACUCUGGUGUAAAUCUCAUAAUUUCAAAAGAGAAGAGCAAAACUUUGUGGUGCAAAAUGAAAUCAACAACCUUGCCUUCCUCACUGGAGACAACAAGACCAAGAUGUCAAAGUCAGGAGGUCAGGACCAGGAGAGGAGAGGGAAGAAGAGAAGAGGAGAAUUGUACUCUAUUCAAACAUCCUUAAUUGUGGCAGCUCACAAGAAACUGCUGCCAAUCGGCCUCAACAUGUGCACGGCUGGAGACCAGGAGCUCAUCUCUCUGGCCAAGAUCCGCUACAGUCUGAAAGACACAGAUGACGAGGUGAAGGAUCAUCUUAGACAGAACCUACAUCUUCAACAGAAGACAGAGGAUCCGGCAGUGCAGUGGCAGCUAAACCUCUAUAAGGAUGUGGAGGUGAAGGGCGAGGAGCCUCUAAAUACUGACCACAUUAUCGCGAAGAUCCAAGGCAUCUCAGCCGCCGUCUUCCAUCUUGAUCAGGUGGAGCAGCCUCUCAGGUGUAAAAAAUUGGUAUGGCAGAAGCAUCUGUCCAAACAGCGCAAGCGUGCUGUGGUUGCCUGUUUCCGCAUGGCCCCUUUGUACAACCUCCCUAGGCAUCGCUCUAUUAACCUCUUCCUCACGGGCUAUCAGAAACUUUGGAUAGUAGCAGAGAAGUACUCCUUUGAGGAGAAGCUAGUGCAGGACCUGGCAAAAACCCCCAUGGCUGUGGAAAAGGAAGAGGAGGAAGCAGAGGCUGAGGUCCAGCCAGAUCCUCUUAACCAGCUCAUCCUCCACUUCAGUCAUAAUGCCCUGACUGAGAGAAGUGUCCAAGAAGUAGAUCCCUUGUAUAUUGCGUAUGCAGAUAUGAUGGCAAAGAGCUGUGCUGAGGAUGAAGAAGCAGAGGAGGAAGAAGAAAAAGAAAAGACAUUUGAGGAGAAGGAGAUGGAGAAGCAGAAAAUUUUGUAUCAGCAGGCCAGGCUUCAUGCUCGAGGUGCGGCUGAGAUGGUACUCCAGAUGAUUAGUGCAAGCAAGGGCCAUCUUGGCCCUAUGGUGAGGUAUACUCUGAAACUGGGUAUCUCUAUUCUCAAUGGAGGCAAUGUAGUUGUUCAGCAGAAAAUGCUGGACUACCUGAAAGAAAAAAGAGAUGCUGGCUUUUUUAAAAGUCUGUCUGGACUGAUGCUGUCCUGCAGUGUGCUGGAUCUGAACGCAUUUGAGAGACAGAAGAAGGCAGAGAGCCUUGGAAUGGUGACUGAAGAAGGUUCAAUCAACGCGAGUGAGCGGGGUUCCAAAGUACUACAAAAUGAUGAAUUUACAAAGGAUUUAUUUCGGUUUUUGCAGCUGUUAUGUGAGGGCCACAAUAAUGAUUUCCAAAAUUUCCUGCGAACUCAAAGUGGAAAUACAACCACGGUCAACAUCAUUAUUAGCACAGUGGACUACCUCCUACGUUUGCAGGAAUCCAUAAGUGAUUUCUACUGGUAUUACUCUGGAAAAGACAUCAUUGAUGAGCAUGGACAGCUAAACUUCUCCAAAGCCAUGGAAGUAGCGAAACAGAUCUUCAACUCACUCACUGAGUACAUUCAGGGUCCAUGUAUUGGUAACCAGCAGAGUCUGGCACACAGUAGGCUGUGGGAUGCCGUGGUUGGAUUCCUGCAUGUUUUUGCCAACAUGCAAAUGAAACUAUCACAGGACUCUAGCCAGAUUGAGCUGUUAAAGGAAUUAAUGGAUUUGCAGAAGGAUAUGGUGGUCAUGAUGUUAUCUCUUUUGGAGGGUAACGUGGUGAAUGGCACAAUUGGGAAGCAGAUGGUCGACACAUUAGUGGAGUCCUCAAGUAAUGUUGAAAUGAUCCUCAAAUUCUUUGAUAUGUUUCUCAAGUUAAACAAUCUUACUACCUCUGAUAACUUUAAAGAGUAUGACCCUGAAGGGAAAGGAAUUAUUUCUAAAAAGGAGUUCCAGAAGUCAAUGGAGAGCCAAAAGCAGUACACACAAUCUGAGAUCGAUUAUCUUCUCUCUUGUGCUGAGGCUGAUGAAAACGACAUGUUUAACUACAUGGAAUUUGUGGAACGCUUCCACGAGCCGGCAAAGGAUAUUGGCUUCAAUGUGGCCGUGCUGCUCACCAAUCUGUCUGAGCAUAUGCCCCACGAUUCACGCCUCAGCACCUUCCUGGACCUGGCAGAGAGUGUACUGAGUUACUUUGAGCCCUAUUUGGGCCGUAUCGAGAUCAUGGGCGGUGCAAAGCGGAUCGAGCGGAUCUACUUUGAAAUCAGUGAAUCUAGCAGAGAGCAGUGGGAGAAGCCUCAGGUGAAGGAGUCCAAGAGGCAGUUUAUCUUUGACAUGGUCAAUGAGGGCAGUGAAAGUGAGAAGAUGGAGCUGUUUGUAAACUUCUGUGAAGACACAAUUUUUGAGAUGCAGCUGGCUUCCCAGAUAUCCGAGUCAGGUACUGUAGAACGCCCUGAAGAGGAAGAAGAACAGCAUAGUAUGUUGGAGGAUCUGUCAGAAGAGGAAGAUCAGUCCCUUGAGUCUGCUUCAGCCUUCACUGUUGCCUGUGCUUCUGUGAAGAAAAAAGUAUCCAACUUCCGUCAAACGCUGACCAUCAAGAACAUGCGUAAACAGUUCAAGAAGUUUAAAAAGCUGACUAUUAAGGAAAUGAUCACAGGGUUCUUUUCAUUCUUUUGGAUGCUUUUCACAGGGUUCUUUAAAGGCAUUUUUAGCCUGAUCUUUGGAUUCUUUCAUAUAAUCUGGUCCUCGAUGUUUGGAGGAGGCCUUGUUGAAGGAGCUAAAAACAUGAAGGUAACAGACAUCUUAGGCAACAUGCCAGAUCCUACUCAGUUUGGAAUCCAUGGUGAUAUUACGGAGUUGGAGAAAGCAGAGAAUGGUGAAAUAGUGGUGUCUACAGAAAUGGUACAGAUGGCUGGAACAGUGGACAAACUGGAACCUGAUGCCAUCAUAGAUCUCAUUAGUCCACCAACUAAACGAGAGGGAAAGCAUGGACAUGAGCCUGGACUUGGGGAUGUCUCAGAGAUUACAACAGAAGCCAGUCCUCGUGUUGAAAAGAAAAAGUGCCAGAAAGCUGCACCAGAGGAGCCUGAACCUGAGAAAGCUGAUACAGAGACUCAUGAAAAAGAAGAUAAGGCCAAAGAGGAAAAGCCUGAAGAGCCAGUAGCAGAGGAGAUGCUAGCUCCAAGAAAACACCAUGGCCCAGCCAAGGACGAACCUCCUGAAUUAAUGGCCACCUUCUUUGCUGGCCUUGAAGUGUACAAGACCAAGAUGCUAAACUACUUGGCUCGUAAUUUUUACAACCUUCGGAUGUUGGCGCUUUUUGUGGCAUUCGCAAUUAACUUCAUCCUGCUCUUCUACAAGGUGACUGCUGAAACAGAGGAUGAGGAUGAGGAGGAGUCAUGGGGUGGCAGUGAUGAUGAUGAAGAAGAAGACAGUGAUAUGGAAUUCUAUGUACUCCAGGAGGGCACUGGCUAUAUGGCUCCCACUCUGACUUUCUUGGCUAUACUGCAUACAGUUAUUUCUCUCCUUUGUGUGGUUGGAUAUUAUUGCCUCAAGGUCCCCUUGGUGGUGUUUAAGCGAGAGAAGGAGAUCGCAAGGAAGCUCGAGUUUGAUGGAUUGUACAUCACCGAACAGCCAUCUGAUGAUGAUAUCAAGGGUCAAUGGGAUCGUUUGGUUAUUGCCACUCCGUCUUUCCCCAAUAAUUACUGGGACAAAUUUGUCAAGAGGAAGGUCAUCAACAAAUACGGAGAUUUGUAUGGAGCUGAGCGUAUUGCUGAACUCCUCGGACUGGAUAAGAGUGCACUCGACUUUGAUCCUACAGAGGAAGCUGUGGUGAAAGAGGCUUCUCUGUUAUCCUGGUUGAGCUCUAUAGACACGAAGUACCACAUUUGGAAAAUGGGAGUUGUCCUAACUGACAAUUCUUACCUCUACCUGAUCUGGUACACCACCAUGUCUGUUUUGGGCCAUUACAACAACUUCUUCUUUGCUGCUCAUUUGCUGGAUAUUGCCAUGGGCUUCAAGACUUUGAGAACAAUCCUGUCUUCUGUAACUCACAACGGCAAACAGUUGGUGUUGACUGUGGGCCUGCUUGCAGUUGUGGUUUAUCUGUACACUGUUGUGGCGUUCAACUUCUUCCGCAAGUUCUACAACAAGAGCGAGGAUGAGGAUCAACCUGACAUGAAAUGUGAUGAUAUGAUGACUUGCUACCUAUUCCACAUGUACGUUGGUGUGAGAGCUGGUGGAGGCAUUGGUGAUGAGAUUGAAGACCCAGCUGGUGACCCUUAUGAGCUUUACCGCAUCCUCUUUGACAUUACCUUCUUCUUCUUUGUCAUUGUCAUCCUGUUGGCCAUCAUUCAGGGUUUAAUCAUCGAUGCAUUUGGCGAGUUGAGAGAUCAGCAGGAACAGGUGAAGGAGGACAUGGAGACAAAGUGUUUUAUAUGUGGGAUUGGAAAUGACUACUUUGACACCACACCGCAUGGCUUUGAGACUCAUACUCUACAAGAGCACAACCUGGCCAACUAUCUAUUCUUCCUGAUGUAUCUCAUUAAUAAAGAUGAAACUGAACAUACUGGUCAGGAGUCCUAUGUAUGGAAGAUGUAUCAGGAGAGGUGCUGGGACUUCUUCCCUGCCGGAGACUGCUUCCGCAAACAAUACGAGGACCAGUUGGGCUAGAGGGACUGUAAAUGCCCUUUACCCAUAUGCUAAUGAGAUUAGAACUCCAACCUGACGAAGAAUUCAAAACUAGUAUAAAACAUGCUGCUGAUGAUACGUUUAAAAGCACGACUACGGGAAACGGUCUACUACCACUUAUUUAUGACAAAGACAUUGAGCCACAAAUGUGAAAUGUAAAAAAAAAAAAAAAACACAGACAAAAACAAACAUGGUGCCAAAUUCCUACCUGUCAAAACAUGACGUUUAAUGAUCUUAAAGAACUCCCAGGUUCUUUUGACAUUUUAUUGCCUUUUAUCUGCUUACACUGCACAGUAAGCUGUGAGAGCACACACCUGAGGAACAUGUUAUUUAACAUAACGCUGUGAGAGCACACACCUGAGGAACAUGUUAUUUAACAUAACAUAAAAUUAUAUAAACACACACAAAACAAAAAAAAAGAAAAAAUACAACAUAUCAAAUAGUUAUCAGUGAAUGCUAGUCAGGACCAUUUGGUCCACUGUAUUUCACAUAAUGCUAACAGGAACUCAUCAGCCACUGAUCAUUACUAGCUGAAAUAUUUUUGAGUGAAUUAUUCCUUAGACAUGCUGAGUAAUGAACAAAUAUGCACAACCUUCUUUUCUUGUUAUUCAACUAAAGAAUGAACAUUUAUGGUGUAGAAUGUGCAAUGCCUUAUAACGUAGUAACGCAACAGGCGGCAUGCAGAAUGUCAAAAUACAGAGCCCAUUAGAUUAUUUAAUCGACAAAGUGCCUUAUGAAAACAACUAUGCAAAACAUUUUUGUCCCUCCUCAUAUGUGUAGCAAGCCUGUGUUUUAGAUUAACUUACCUAGAUUAGAUUUGUGGCUUUAUUUAGAAUUUUAAGUAAAAAUGCACAACUGCGAUUAUUUAUUUUUUUUGCUUUCUUCUUAAUAGCCAAAGCUUACAAGCUUACAAUCUCUGCUGGCAUUAAAGGAAAUCGAUAUGACAACCCAAAGCUGAGAAUUUAGGGUAACACUAACAGUAAUAAGACAAAAUUGUAAACCAUUACUGUUUCCCCAUUUCUAUGUAUGUAGAAGCUUUGGUGCAUUGUGUUUCAUUUGGGAGAAGAGGACAAAAACACAAUAAAGUGAUCAAUGCAAUAAA